GUCAUCCCUUGGCAGUCGGUAGCUGCAGCUGAAAACGGUCAUCAGUGUGGUAAACGAGGUCACGCAUUUCGGUAAACAGUUCCUCGUCCUGAAAAUGAUCAGCAAAUUUACCACGGAAGUGUGGAAUGGUGUAUCACUAGCAAUUUUAGUCUUGAACUACCUUGUACUGGUACUGGGGAUAGAUCCUCCUCCGAACAUAGUCUUCAUUUUAGCAGAUGACCUCGGCUGGAACGAUGUCGGUUUUCAUGGAUCUUCCCAGAUACCGACACCUAACCUCGAUGCUCUUGCCUAUUCUGGAAUCAUUCUGAAUCGCUACUACGUCACACCCAUCUGUACUCCUUCUCGGGCGGCACUCAUGACGGGAAAGUAUCCAAUACACACAGGUAUGCAACAUGCCGUCCUCUACGGGAUGGAACCGAGAGGGCUGCCGCUAGAGGAGAAACUGUUACCGGAAUAUUUGAAGGAGUUGGGCUACCAGAACCACAUCGUCGGCAAAUGGCACCUAGGGCAUUAUACACUCAAGUACACCCCGCUGCAACGAGGAUUCGACUCGCACGUAGGUUUCUGGACUGGCCAUCACCACAUGUUUGAUCACAGUUCCGUUGAAACGGAAACCUGGGGUUUGGACAUGCGACGCGGGUAUGACGUUGCGUACGAUCUACACGGAAAUUACACCACUCAUGUGAUACGAAAUGAAGCAGUAGCUAGAAUCCAAAGCCAUACCCUGUCGGAUCCGCUGUUUCUGUACGUGGCCCAUGCAGCGGUGCACUCUGCCAAUCCGUAUGAUCUGCUACCUGCACCGGACUCCACGGUAGAUCGAAUGAAACACAUCCAGAACUAUCAACGGCGUAAGUUUGCAGCAAUGCUUACGGAGCUGGACGAUUCGGUGGGAGCUAUUGUCCAAGCACUGAGCAUUCGAGGUAUGUUGGACAAUACGAUCAUCGUAUUUAGCUCGGAUAACGGUGGGCCGGCAGAAGGUUUCAACAGUAAUGCCGCUUCUAACUGGCCUUUGCGAGGAGUCAAAAACACCCUAUGGGAAGGUGGAGUACGAGCGGCUGGUUUCAUCUGGAGUCCUUUUCUGAAAAAUAACUGUCGAGUAUCGCAGCAAAUAGUCCAUAUAACUGACUGGCUUCCAACAUUGUUAGACGCCGUCGGUUAUGAUAUGUUAAAUCUCCCACCAAAUUUGGACGGCAUCAGUUGUUGGCAACAACUGCAGGACGGGAACCUAACCGAUCGGCGCGAGAUUCUUCACAAUAUCGAUGAUAUUUGGGGCAGUGCUGCUCUUACGGUUAACAACUGGAAGGUUCUAAAGGGAACCAAUUACAACGGCCAGUGGGACAAUUGGUACGGUCCAGCAGGAGAUCGCGAGGCAAAGUCUUACAAUUUAACCUCCAUCAAGAGCUGUCCUACUGGGAAAGCUCUGAACAAAAUGAAAAUACUUCCAACCGACGAUGUCAUUUUACAGCUACGCAGCGAAGCUAGCGUUCAGUGUAUAGGUAUGAGAAAAACUAAUUGCAAUCCCUUGAAGGCACCUUGUCUUUUUGACAUCGUUCGGGAUCCGUGUGAAUUGGACAAUAUGGCGGAGAAAUAUCCAACUAUUUUGGAAAGUAUGUUGAAGAAAUUAGACGCGCAUAACGCAACGGCAGUGCCUCCCGGAAAUAUGCCUUUGGACACACGAGGUGAUCCCAGAUUCUGGAGUUAUACGUGGCACAAUUUCGGGGAUGAUCUUGGAUCAUACCAAAUACUGGGGAAUUGAAUAUAAGUUAAAA